AUGAAAACGAUAGUGUAAAAACCCUAGCCGCUUCUCUAACCCUCUUUUGCUUCAGGGGUGCCUCUCUUCUCCUCUCCUUUGCAUUCUAGACCAUUGAGUUAGUGAAGACGUAGCAGAGAAGAGAUCAUGGUGCACGUCUCUUUCUAUAGGAACUAUGGGAAGACUUUCAAGAAACCCCGACGUCCUUAUGAGAAGGAGCGUUUGGAUGCAGAGUUGAAGUUGGUUGGAGAAUAUGGGCUUCGUUGUAAGAGGGAGUUGUGGAGGGUUCAAUAUGCAUUGAGCCGAAUCCGAAACAAUGCUCGGAUGCUCUUAACACUUGAUGAAAAGAACCCGCGUAGGAUUUUUGAGGGAGAGGCUCUGCUUAGGAGGAUGAACAGGUAUGGUCUUUUGGAUGAGAGUCAGAACAAGCUCGAUUAUGUCUUGGCCCUUACUGUGGAGAAUUUCCUUGAGCGUCGUCUCCAAACUCUCGUGUUCAAGUCUGGUAUGGCAAAGUCAAUCCAUCAUGCUAGAGUGCUCAUCAGGCAAAAGCAUAUAAGGGUUGGAAGGCAGGUCGUGAACAUCCCUUCUUUCAUGGUGAGGGUCGAUUCCCAGAAGCACAUAGACUUCUCUCUUACAAGUCCGUUUGGAGGCGGGCGUCCUGGAAGGGUGAAAAGAAGGAAUCAGAAGGCAGCUGCAAAGAAGGCUGCUGGAGGAGAUGGAGAUGAAGAAGAUGAGGAUUGAGUUAUCGACUGAGAAAUAAUGAGAUUAGCCCUCAAUAUCUAUAUCUUUUAUCUAUCAGAGAGAAUAUUUCAUCUUUUUAGAAGUUUUGCUUUAAAGUACUUUGAAUUAGAAAACUUGUCUGUUAUUAUUAUUGGUUUUUUGUCAUGAGAAUUAGCGUUUAACCUAUUUGGUUUUAGUUGCCACAGUUUUCUGCAUCACUUUGAACCACUUUGUUUUCCUCAAUACUCCAAUGCAUUAUGAA